GCUCAGGAAUGCUUCAUUCCCAGCAGCAAACAGACGCAGCCAUUACCCUCCAGAAACUUCCUUUCUUACAGACCCUCUUGGGUGCUGCCUCUUGGUAAUUUCUCCUCCCUCAGAGGCUCGCAGUGGGGCAUCUAUAGUGGGGCAUCCUCUGCACACCUUCCAGCUUGUCAACAUCCUUCUCAAAUUGUGGUGCCCAGAAUUGGACAUAUGAAUUCAGGUGUGGUCUGGCCAAGGCAGAAAAGAGAGGGACCAUUACUUCCUUGGAUUGGGGCACUAGCCUUUGUUGAUGGAGCCCAGAAUAAUAUUAGCUUCCCCCCCCCUUUUCUUUUCUUUUCUUUUCUUUUUUUGCUGCUACUACUGCUGCUGCAUCACACUGUUGACUCAUGUUAAGCUUGUGGUCCAUCAAGGCCCCUAGAUCCUUCUCCAGGUGUCCCCCCCAUCCUAUAUUUUUGCAUCUGGUUCUUCCUGCCUAGGUGAAGAAGUUUACGUUUGUCCCUACUGAAAUUAAUUCUGUCAGUUUCGGCCCAGUUCUCCAAUCUGUUAAUGUCAUUUUGAAUUCUGAUUCUGUUUCUGUGGCAUUAGCUACCCCUCCCAGUUUGGUGUCAUCUGCAAAUUUGAUGAGCAUCCCCUCAAUUCUUCAUCCAAGUCAUUUAUAAAGACGUUAAACAACAACUUGCCCAGGACAGAACCCUGCGGAACCACACUUGUCACUUUUUUCCAGGAUGACGAGGAACCAUUAAUAAGUACUCUGGGUUUGGUCAGUCAACCAGCUACAAAUCCACCUACCAGUUACCUCAUUCAGCCCACAUUUUACCAGCUUCCUCAUGAGAAUAUCACGAGGGACUUUGUCAAAAGCCUGACUGAAAUCAAGAUACACUACGUCCAGAGCAUCCCCCUGAUCCACCAAGCUUAACUCUGUCAAAGCAGAUAUUCUGCCACUGAGCUAUGUCCCGUCUCAAAGGGCCUCCAGGGGUGUGAAUGUAUGUUUGGAUUCUGUUCCUCCUAAAGGAAUUGAUCUGAAUAUGGUUUGCCUUGGAGUACUGGAAAUUCUCAGGCAGGGUGGGAGGUGGGGGGAGAGAAAAGAUGAGAGCUGGCUCCACUUUGACCUUAGUCCCCCCCUCCCUUGUUUCUUUGCAACAGUUAAAAUGGAAGAACCCUCUGAGAACAGGAAUGUUGUGCAAGACCUGAAGGAAGACCUCGAGGAGCAAGACCUGGCCCCUAGCCUCCCCAAUGGAUCCCUCGCUCACAGCAGCCCAGAGACAGGGAUUGACCUAUGGAUAUGGGUCCCGUAUUUAGCGGGUGAGGCAGAGUCCAGACAGGGUGGGGCAGAUGGACUGGUUGGUUCAGAAAACAUGGGGUGGGAGGGUAUCUGAAGAGAGGAGUGACGCACUCGCAGUGACUGGAGAAAGCAGAAGGGAUCUACGCUUGUCCACACUUAGCCAGGUCCUGUAUUCCACCAAGGGGGUUCAUCCUGGCCUGCCUGGGGGGCUCUCUCCCUAGUUACCUGAAGCAGGUGCAUUGGAUCUCCAGCUCCCAUUCCAGAUUCUUCCCAGGAUGUGGGGCGAUGGGAAGGGCCUCCAGGUACCCUGUUGCUUCCCAUUGGGGGACGGGGACUUCUGGCCACAGAUUAAGGGGAGGGGAGAGGUCAAGUAGAAGAAGAAUUUGCAGACAGUGUGGUCGACAGAGGAAACUACAGUGACAUCAACUGGCAACACAGUAGAAUUGCAAGCAACUUAAUUCCUUAUUAUUUAGGACAUCUCGUGGCAAAAGAGAGGGAACUGCAACUAAAGAGCUCACUAAGUUAUGAAAUUGAGCCAGUCUUAAAGACUGGACAUAGUGACAGUAGAUAAAACCUCAAUACAUAAUUUUCUGUCAGAGAUACAUAAAUUAAAUUAAAUCAAAUCAAAUCAAAAAAGAACAAGAGAAGACAAAUUAUGACAGCAAACCAAAAAACAAAAAACAAAAAAAACAACAACCAGGCUCCUCAGCUACUUUACUUCAACAAGGAAGAAGAAAUUCAGGAAUGGAUCCAGAUAUGGAUCUGAGAGAACUGAUUUUGAACUUGAAAACAGAUAUAGGAGAAAUGAUAAAAAGAUCUAGGUGAAAUGAAAAAAGAAAUGAAUGAAAGGGUUAAAGGAAUAGAAGAGAAAUUAGACAGGAAGGAAGAAUGGAGCCAAACUCAAAAGUCUCAGAAACAUUUGUCUGGCAGGUGAAUGAGCAAAUGAGUACAGAACAAAGAACACUAAAAAAAAUACAAGAAAUAAAAAACGAGACUCAAGGUCAGGAGGAAGUUAUGAAGAAAACAACAAAAGAGAAUACAGAACCAAGGAAAGAAUAUAAUAAGUUUUAAAAAAAGAAAUAGAUGAGUUUAAAAUUAAACAAGAAGCUACCUAGGAUACACUUGCAAUUCUACAAAUGCAAAGUAGAGAGAAAAUACUCAGAUUUUGAGGGAUACCUGAGGAACCUGAGGAAAAUUUACAGAAGAAAAUAAUAGAUAAUCUAACCACCUGGUUAGGAUUACAGAGAGAGGAGGUACUCAGAUACACAGAAAAAAUAUUCAGAGUCAACCCCGUGAAAGCGAAAGCUAAUAAAUGGCCAGGAGAUUGUAUUGUAAGGUUUACUUCAAAUUGGAUUAAAGAUAAGAUACUAAUGACAAGUAGAGAAAGGAAAUUAAAAAUCGAUGGAAAGGAGAUUAUAAUUUUAAAGGAAAUCCCACCCCAUCUGCUUAAAAAAACAGACAAAUUUCAAUUUCUAGCGAAGGCAUUAAAAACUAAGUCUAUUGAUUUUAGGUGGGAAUUUCUGGAGGGAAUUUCUAUUUCAAAGGGAAAAGAAGACGAUUUGAAAUGGUAAAGGAUGCUAAUAUCUUCUGGAUAAAAUACUGGAAAGAACUGGGGGGGGGGGGGGGAUGGGGACACAAACAGCCCAUAAAUGGAGACUCUAACAACAAACGAGAUCUCCGAACCGGAAGAAGACAGCGAAUAAUCAGCUGAUGAACAAUGAAAACACGACUGACUGCUAUAAAAGUAGAGUAAUAAUUAUACUUGAACCUCAACCUAAAAUAUAUUUCCCUCCCUCACACUAGUAAGUGAUGUAGCAGAGCAGAUGCCCCUCAGUAUAGCUGAAAGCUAGUUUGCAGGUUCAUUUUAAUCUCUUAGUUAAGUUUAUUCCUGGUGUCCCCUUUUGAUCCCUCUUAAAAAAAUAAAGACACAAGAGUCUUUCUGAGUAAAGUAACAAAAGGUUGACACAUUUCCGUUCGUAAUAUGAUCCCUGAAAGGCAGACUUUGCUUGAUAGUUGCACAAAGAAACUGUGUGAGUUUGUCUCAUAUGGAAAGUGAACUCAUGUGCUGCUGGCUGAGAGCCAGCAGAUAGCAAAAUCACAUUAAGAUCACAAAAUGGCCGCAGGACAGCAGCAUGGCAGCAAAAGAUCAGCAAGACAAGAGAGAAACAACAACCGAGAAAAUGGCUGCAUGACUCGGCUCUUUUAUGGAGACAGCCAGAGCCAGGCGCAUCUCCCAGGUCACAUGAAGGAGGAGGAUAUCCAGACCAGUGGAACAGGCAGUUACACUGAAUGGGCGUCCCACUGCCACUGCCCUUCUAGGCAGUGGCGUAGCAAGGUCAAGUGGUACCCGGUGCAAAUAUAUUUUUGUCGCACCCCCACACUGAAGUUUCCCCUCCCUCCCUCCACGCCCAUUGAAGAAUGCUAUGCAGGCAGCUAUCCAAUGUAGAUCCCGCCUUCUCCUCCUCCCUCCCUCCACCCCUUGUCAAAUAAAGCCACGCCCUGCCCUUCUCCAGCAGCAUAUAUAAUGAAUAAAAACAAUAACUCAACAAUAAAAACAGCAUAUAUAAUCAAUAAAAACAACAACCCAAUAAUCCCCCCGAAUAAUAGAAGAUCAAACAUUAAAAACUUCCCUAUACAGGGCUGCCUUCAGAAAUAAUAAUAAUUUUCAAUGUUUGAUGUUUUAGGGAAUGGCUAGUCUAACUAUUUUAAUUGUUACGCUGUUUUAAUGUGCUUGUACAUUAUAUAUUUUAAUUAUGCAUGUUUUAAACCUGUUGUUUUACUGUAAAUUUUAAUUCCCAGUAGCUGUGUUUCUGCAAUCGGUUUGAGUGUCGUUUUGCUGUUGCCCUUUCUUAAGAUACUAUCCCCGUCUUGCAUGGGGUUGGUCUAGAUGACUCUAUGAGUCCCUUCCAACUCCAUGAUUUCUUGACUCUUUUGGUAUUUCUUCUUGGAAUGAAAGUUGGUACCUGGAUGAACAGCAGCAUGAUGCAGUUGUGUAGCCGACAGCUUUGCAUGCCCUUUCUCGGUAGGACCCAACUGGAACAGCGCCCCCUCGCAAGGCCUGGAGCGGUGCCUGAGGGAGCUGCCCCUUAACACCCCCAGCCAGCCGUGGUCACCAACUGCCAGCUCCUCUGACAGCAGCUCCUACGUCAAGAGGCUGCACCCGUGGACCAUGGAGGAGGUGGAGGCCCUGAGUUCAGCCCAGGAAGGUGAGCCUCUGGGGUUGCACCUCUAGCAAGGCAGUGGAAAGGGCAAGCAAUGGUGGUGGAGGCAGGUGAUUUCGUCUGCCCUGCACCUUCUUGGUAGGGCAGGUGUACAUUUAAAUAGGAGCUUACUGACAUGGCACCAGUGCCUGGAAAGCCUCUGAGCACCUACAGCACCCCUUUAGUUGUGAAGGGCUGAGGAGGUUAUCUUUUUUUUCUCUUGAAAAGUAAAUAGAGCUGAAGGAGUAAGUGGGGAAGAGAGACACUCGUUCCCACAUCCUGUUUUUCUCUCUCUGAGGUUUCAAGGUGCAGAUUCUAUCGGAUCUGACUUUGACCCAGAUCCCUUGGAAAAGUAAAGUUUGUGUGCAAAUAAUAAUAAUAAUAAUAAUAAUAAUAAUAAUAAUUUAUUAUUUAUACCCCACCCAUCUGGCUGGGUUGCCACCUCCAUGUGGCUCCCAACAGAAUAUGAAAAACACGAUAAAACAGCAAACAUUAAAAGCUUCCCUAAACAGGGCUGCCUUCAGAUGUCUUCUAAAAGUCAGAUAGUUCUUUAUCUCCUUGACAUCUGAUGGGAAGACGUUCCACCGGGUGGGUGCCACUACCGAUAAGGCCCUCUGCCUGGUUCCCUGUAACCUCACUUCUAGCAGGGAGGGAACCGCCAGAAGGCCCUCGGACCUGGGUGCAGUGAGGGAAUCGCCAGAAAGCCCUCUGUGUCCGGGCUGAACGAUGGGGGUGGAGACGCUCCUUCAGGUAUACAGGGCCGAGGCCGUUUGGGGCUUGAAAGGUCAGCACCAACACUUUGAAUUAUGCUGGGAAACAUACUGGGAGCCAAUGUAGGUCUUUCAGGAUCAGUGUUAUGUGGUCUUGGUGGCCACUCCUAGGCACCAGUCUAGCUGCCACAUUCUGGAUUAGUCGUAGUUUCCGGGUCACCUUCAAAGGUAGCCCCACAUAGAGAGCAUUGCAGUAGUCCAAGAGGGAGAUAACCGGAGCAUGUGCCACCCUGGCGAGGCAGUGCACUGGAGAACCAUUGCUGCCAGCUGAUGUAGUCUUUCUCAACCUUGGGUCCCCAGCUGUUGUUGGACUGCAACUCCCAUCAUUGCUAGCUAGCAGGUCCAGUGGUCAGGGAUGAUGGGAACUGUAGUCCCAAAACAGCCGGGGGCUGAGGCCUCAGAGAGGAGAGGCAUCCCAUCCCUCAGCGCCUUCAGUUGGAGUGUUUUUGUUCUUCCUAGACAUGGGAUCAAAGGUGGAUUGGACUUUGUGGCAGAAGGGGACGGAGUUCAGGCCUUGGAGCACAUUGCUCACUCCAGAGGAGGAAAGGGGGCUUCCUUCCACCCGAGAACCAGAGCUUGUCAUCAUGGACAGCCAAGCUUCGUCGGCCUCCCCACUCCCCAUCGUGGAGAGAUUCCUGGCCAACAUUGCCAUGAGCCAGCUGCUUCCCUCCAACAUCCCACCUGACGAUGCCAAGAGUCCGGGCGACGUGGUACCCAGGAGAUCCUGGCAAGGGAUGGUUGGAUCACAUCCCACAAGUAAGUGAGGCUGUGGGUAGCCCUUUAUGGCAGUAGGUUUGACCAGGGACCUGCACCUUGCUAUUAAUUCAUUCAUUAGUAUGCUGUUCAUCCUCCAUAGAUCUCAGCGGGGUUCACAACAUAAAAAUACAAGGUAAAAACCCAAAAUGUAUCUAAACCAAGCCUCCUCUUCAAGCCAAGGAAUCUCAUGGACUUCCCUUCUCCCCAUUGUGGGUGCUGCCGUUAAUCAUUUCCUCCUGCAUCUUUUAUGAUAAUCCACAUCUUUUACAGCUCCAUUGUGUCCAAAUUUCACCCUUAAAUCGCAAGUGAUAUUCCAAUCCUACUAACGAUUUUAACUGUUUGCAAUGGUUUUUAAGAUAGGUUAUACAUUUUCCCCAUCCCUUAUUGAAAUUUUGGUCUUCCUGACUUCUGAUUCUUCCGGUCAUUUGGCCAUUUCGGCAUAGUCCAUCAACUUGAUCUGCCAUUCUUCUCUGGGAGGGACUUUAUCUUCUUCCCAUCUAAUGGAAAGAGUGACACCUGAACUUCCAGCAGGACAGCCCAAACGCUGAUGCAAUGCAUCCCUUGAUUUCUUUUGUUUCAGCAGAAGCUGCUGCAGAUCCCAGCCACCAACCUGUGCUAGAGUCCUGGAAGGAAGAAGGAGCAGCGCAAGGUUUGUAAACUUGGGGAGGAGGAGGUUUGGGACAAAGGAAUGGACCUGUUCUCUUGGCACAGUCUGUGAUGCUUGUUCCACCAUCGAAGAGCUCUUCCCGUCAGAAAGUCGUUUCUGUGAUUGAGUCAGAAUCUCCUUCCUUCUCUCUCUUUUUUUUUAAAUAAUUGUUUUCAUUUGAUUUUUUUAAAUAUAAACAUACAACAAACAACAAUUCAAAAUCCAAAUACUGAGAUUACUCUGAAUCUCCUGACUUUCCCCCAUGCCUUCCAUGGAUCCUAAUGGAAAUAAUUACAACUGCAUAUCAUAUUUAUUUAUUGAAAUAAAUAUUUAUUGAAAUAUUUAUUGAAAUAUUUUUCCUGCUGAAUUGUCAAUAGUUUCCUUUACAUUACAAGUAUGUUUAAAAUCCUGCCAAUGUUUUAACCUGCUUGCAGUGGUCUUGUAUAUAAAUUAUAAACUUUUCCCAUUCUUUUUUAAAGUUCUUGUCUUCUUGAUUUCUGAGCUUCCCAGUUAAUUUUGCCAUUUUGGCAUAGUCCAUCAUCUUGAUUUGCCAUUCUUCUCUGAUCGGGGUUGUCUCUUCCUUCCAUCUCUGGGCCAGUAGCAUCCGUGUGGGUGUUGUUGCAUACAUAAACAAUCUUUUCUGAUCCUUUGGAAACUUGGUACCUGUAAUUCCUAAUAAGAAAGCUUAUGGUUUUUUAACAAAAGUUAUUUUGAACCUUUUUUUCAUUUCAUUAUACAUCAUCUCCCAAUUUUUUCUUUACUACUUUACAUGUCCACCACAUACGAUAAAAGGUACCUUUUUCUUUACAUUUACAGCAAGUAUUUGUACUCGUUCUGUACAUUUUUGCUAAUUUAACAGGAGCCAAAUACCUCUGGUACAUCAUUUUCCUGUAGUUUUCUUUUAGUGAACAACAUGCCAUGAAUUUCAAAUCUGUUUUCCAUAGCCUCUCCCAAUCUGUCCUUCUCAUUUGAAUCCAUUGGUUCAGGUCCUUCACUCUGGAGCAGCAGGAAUCCAUCUUGUUCCAUCUUCCAUGGUGGGACAGCCUUUCAGAUAUUUGAAGACAGCUGUUUGGGGGGCUGAUGGGAGUUCUAGUCCAAAACAUCUGGCAGGGACCCAUUUGGGACGCACGAAGGCUGACCUGUUUGCACUGCCCCUCUGGAUAGCGGUGAAAUUCCUGAGUCUUCUUCACCUUCCUUUCCCAGCCUGGCUUUGUGCCGCUUCCCCAAACAAUGACACGGCUUGUUAUUCUUCUUGUUCAGAAACGGCGGCAAAGGAGAAGCCCCUGAAAGGGGUGCUGAAGCGCCUGAAGGAACUGAUUAACAGCCACCCCCCUCACAUAUUCCGCAGGAACCACAAUAGCAGCUGGCAGUCAGCCCUGCGACAGAAGAUGAGGAAAGGGACCUGUGGGUCUCCCCCUGGCCAAGGUGGGUCUGAACAUUGCAAAAACACACUCCGGUUUAAGGAUACCCAGCAGUUCCUUCUGGUCCACCCUAGCACCUUGCUUGGACUUCCUUGCUUUGCAGGGGUUGAACUAGAUGGCUCUUGGGGGUCCCUUCCAGCUCUACAAUUCCGUUGUUGUUGUUGCUGCUGCUGCUGCUGCUGCUGCUGUUGUUAUAUCGGAAGAAGUGUGCUUACACACAAAAGCUUAUACCAAGAACAAACUUAGUUGGUCUUUAAGGUGCUACUGAACAAUUUUUUAAAAGUUUUUUUAUUUUUUUUUAGAAGGAUUCUAAGACUUUCUUAGGACAAAAAAACUUGAUUCUUUUAAGGGAGUUUCUUUGGAACAAUCUUCUUAAAGACAUUUAUUUAUUUAUUGUUUGCCAAGUGAUUUACAGCAAAGAAAAAUAUACAACAGUCACCACCACCACAAUUUAUUUAUACCCCACCCAUCUGGCCAGGCCUUCCUAGCCACUCUGGGUGGCUACCAACAGAAUAUUAAAAACGUGAUAAAACAUCAAACAUUAAAAACUUCCCUAAACAGGGCUGCCUUCAGAUGUCUUCUAAAAGUCAGAUACUUCUUUAUCUCCUUGACAUCUGAUGGGAGGGCGUUCCACAGGGCGUGCGCCACCACUGAGAAGGCCCUCUGCCUGGUUCCCUGUAACCUCACUUCUCACAGUGAGGGAACCGCCAGAAGGCCCUCGGAGCUAGACCUCAGUGUCCGGGCUGAGCGAUGGGGGUGGAGAUGCUCCUUCAGGAAUACUGGACCAAGGCUGUUCAGGGCUUGAAAGGUCAGCACCAACACUUUGAAUUGUGCUUGGAAACGUACUGGGAGCCAAUGUAGGUCUUUCAUAACUGGUGUUAUAUGGUCUCGGCAGCCAUAAUACCAUGGGGGGGGGGGCGGCGGAGGAAUGGGGAAAAUCGUAUAGCGUAACAUUCAUAGGGUGGAAAAAGCAUACUAUCCAUAUAAAGAGGAGUAAACAACAUUAUCAAAACUCAAAUAAUAAACGAAACUAUACUCUGGCUGACUAAUUAGCAAAUAAACAAUAUCUCAACCCGAGAACGACUUCAACUGGCCAGCUAAAUCAGGUGAGGGUAGCUGAUGGGUCUCAAACCUUUGGGGAGUUAGGGACCCAAUUUUACUUUGGUGGUUUUGGUCCGGUAGCAGGCUUUAAGUUGAACAAGAUGAAAACUAAGGUUUUAGAGAAAAAUCUAUCUGUGAUGGAGAGAGAUAAGUUUCAGAAGGAGACAGGAUUAACACCGGUUAAGAAAGUGAAAUAUUUAGGGGUUAACAUGACCGCUAAAAACGUGAAUUUAUUUAAGGAUAACUAUGAAAAAUGUUGGACUGAAGUGAAAAAGGACUUAGAAAUAUGGUCAAACUUGAAGUUAUCACUGUUAGGCCGAAUUGCUGUGAUAAAAAUGAACGUAUUGCCAAGGUUGCUGUUUCUGUUUCAAACAUUGCAGAUUUUGGACAAAAUGGACUGUUUCAAGAAGUGGCAGAGAGACAUCUCUAGAUUUGUCUGGCAGGGCAAGAAGCCUCGAAUAAAAUUUAAGAUAUUAACAGAUGCUAAAGAAAGAGGUGGAUUUGCCCUGCCAGACCUUAAACUUUAUUAUGAAUCAGCCACUUUUUGUUGGCUGAGAGAAUGGAUGCUUCUUGAAAACACUGAUGUGUUGGAUUUGGAAGGUUUCAACAAUGUAUUUGGUUGGCAUGCAUAUCUGUGGUAUGAUAAGGUUAAAGCACACAAAGCGUUUAAAAACCAUAUUGUCAGAAAAGCACUGUUUAAUGUCUGGAUAAGAUAUAAGGACUUGUUAGAAAAUAAAACCCCAAGAUGGCUGUCACCAAUGGAAGCAAAGGCUCAGAAAAAACUCAAUAUGGAGGCCAAAUGGCCAAAGUAUUGGGAAAUUCUGGAACAAGAGGGAGACAGAUUAAAACUGCAGAGUUUUGAAAAAUUAAAAAACAGAGUGUGAGAUUGGCUCCAUUAUUAUCAAAUAAUGGAGGCAUAUAAUUUGGACAAAAAACUAGGUUUCCAGGUGGAAAAAUCAAAAUUGGAAACAGAAUUGUUAGACCCCAAAGUUAAGAAUUUGUCAAGAAUGCAUAACUUGCUGUUGAAAUGGAAUACUCAGGAUGAAACGGUGAAAUCUGCUAUGAUUAAAUGGGCACAAGAUGUUGGACAUAACAUUAUGAUGGCUGACUGGGAACAAUUAUGGACCACAGGUAUGAAGUUUACGGCAUGUAAUGCCUUAAAAGAGAAUUUAAUGAAAAUGAUUUACAGGUGGUACAUAACACCAGUCAAGCUUGCAAAAAUAUACCAUUUGCCCGAUAAUAAAUGCUGGAAAUGUAAUGAGACUGAAGGUACAUUCUUUCACCUUUGGUGGACAUGCCCAAGGAUUAAGAAUUUCUGGGAGAUGAUUUAUAAUGAAAUGAAAAAGGUAUUUAAAUAUACCUUCCUGAAGAAACCAGAGGCCUUUCUCCUGGGCAUGGUCGGCCAAUUGGUGCCAAAGAAGGAUAGAACUUACUUUAUGUAUGCCACAACAGCAGCAAGAAUACUUAUCGCAAAGCAUUGGAAGACACAAGAUCUACCCACCCGGGAAGAAUGGCAGAUGAAGCUGAUGGACUAUAUGGAAUUGGCGGAAAUGACUAGCAGAAUCCGAGACCAGGGAGAAGAGUUGGUGGGAGAAGAUUGGAAAAAAUUCAAAGUAUACUUACAGAAAUAUUGCAAAAUUAAUGAAUGUUAGUAGGAUGCUGGAAUGAAGUUAUAUUGCUUUAGCAGAAAUGUUAUAAAGAAUUAAGCAAAAACUGAUUGUUAAUGGGCCAAAGAGGAAAAUUUAAGGUUAGAUUGUGUUAAGAUAAAUUAUAGAACAAAAAAUUUGAGAAAGAUGGAAAGGAUUUGCUGAAAUAGCUAAUUGAACUAGAAUACAAAAGAAAAAAAAAGAAAAAAAAUUACCUUGGUGGUUUUUGGGGGGCAGUACUGGUAGUCUGAGAUGGUCCUGAUUCCUUAUUUCUGUGCACAGUUAAAUUGGAUGCAGAGGAUGAGGAGCUGCCUGCCCCUAGCCCGGAAAAUGCUGCUGCACGAGGUGGAUCUAGCUGUCCGGUUGCUCCCUCAGAUCGCUCUUCCACCUUCCAGACUGAAAGAGGCAGGAAAAGAAGCUGGUCAGAGGCGGAGGACAGGAACAUCUUUGCAGUGUGUAAGCUGUGGGGUUUGUUUACGUCAAGGACAUAUUUCCUGUUGCCAAAUCCAGUGCCUGGUGAAAGGGGACAAGGUUCAAUGGGCUCAUAGCUCUAAUGUAGUUAACUCUGGGUUUAUCCACACUGGUGCUUCUUUUUAUCCCCAGGGGAAACUGCUCUUUAGCACUCAGUUUGGAGCAAACAGCAAUCUGGGUUUUCUCUGGGUUGACAUCCACUCUGAUUUAGUGCUGAUGUAGAGUGGGUUCUCCCUGGGAAAGGAGCGGGGCAAGGGGGAAAGCGUUUGGACACAGCAUUCAUGUUUUUGAGUAACCAGCAGUCCGUACUCCCUGAGCCUCUCCCAGAUCUCAGGAGAGUGUCCCUGUCUCUUAAAGGCAGGAGACUAGAUCACCACAGGGGAAGGGGGUUCAGCAGGGGGCUCUUGCCAUGGGACAUCCCCAGUGGAGAGACCGCAGUGAAGUUCGGGCAGCAGCCACUGUGAUAAAUUAUCGAAGUAUGGAUGCGAGCUUAAUGUGUCAUGUAAAAGGUUUUCCAAGUCUGUUUCAAUGCUGUGUGAAUGCAUGCAAGAUUUCACAUCUGUACAUGCAUUUGUCCUGCAAGACAACACUUUAAGCUUGGUAAUGGUUUUUUAAAAACAUCAGUUAAAUUUGUAAGAACAGUUGAAAUGCUCAGGUGGAGAGCUUUGUACACAGGUUUAGGGGCGCCCGUUCCCUUAAGUGGGGUAUUGGGGGGGUCGGUUCUGGAGUACAGUACGAUCACAUCGUAUGCAGAGGCUUGGUUCCAAGGGUUCUGCCUAUCCGGAAAAAACAUGCAUCCUCUGUACACCUUCCAGCUUGUCAACAUCCUUCUCAAAUUGUGGUGCCAGAACUGGACAUAUGACUCCAGGUGUGGUCUGGCUAAGGCAGAACAGAGAGGGACUAUGACUUCCUUGGAUCAGGGCACUAGACCUCUGUUGAUGCAGCCCAGAAUAACAUUAGCUUCUUCUUUUUUGCUGCUGCUGCUGCAUCACACAGUUGACUCAUGUUAAGCUUGUGGUCCACCAAGGCCCCUAGAUCCUUCUCCAGGUGUCCCCCAUCCUAUAUUUGUGCAUUUGGUUCUUCCUGCCUAGGUGAAGAAGUUUACAUUUGUCCCUACUGAAAUUAAUUCUGUUAGUUUGUGCCCAGUUCUCCAAUCUGUUAAUGUCGUUUGGAAUUCUGAUUCUGUCUUCUGUGGCAUUAGAUACCCCUUCCAGUUUGGUGUGCAUCCCCUCAAUUCCUUCAUCCAAGUCAUUUAUAAAGACGUUAAACAACAACUUGCCCAGGACAGAACCCUGCAGCACCCCACUUGUCACUUUUUUCCAGGAUGACGAGGAACCAUUAAUAAGUACUAUGGGUUUGGUCAGUCAACCAGCUACAAAUCCACGUACCAGUUACCUCAUUCAGCUCACAUUUUACCAGCUUCCUCAUGAGAACAUUAUGAGGGACUUUGUCAAAAGCCUGACUUCGUCCAGAGCAUCCCCCUGAUCUGCCAAGCUUAACUCUGUCAAAGCAGAUAUUCUGCCACUGAGCUAUGUCCCUUCUCAAAGGGCCUCCAGGGGUGUGAAUGUAUGUUUGGAUUCUGUUCCUCCUAAAGGAAUUGAUCUGAAUAUGGUUUGCCUUGGAGUACUGGAAAUUCUCAGGCAGGGUGGGAGGUGGGGGGAAAGAAAAGAUGAGAGCUGGCUCCACUUUGACCUUGGUUCCUCCCCCCCACCCUUGUUUCUUUGCAACAGUUAAAAUGGAAGAGCAAUUUGAGGACGGGAACCUUGUGCAACACCUGAAUGAAGCCCCUGGGGAGGAGCGAGACCUGGCCCCUAGCCUUCACUUGGCUGUGGAAGAAAUGAAGGGACAAAACUUUUAUUAAUUUGGACACAAAUGAGAA